AUGAAUCUGGAAAUUGCUGGUCCUUCUGAGUCUCUGGACUUGGAACUAUUUGAAAAGGAGAAGCGAGUUCCUGAAAGCAAGUUGGUUGUACCAGGGGUCAAAAUCACAUCUAAUCCCGAUUAUAUGAGAGGACAUGGGACGUACAUGCGUGAUGAUGAUUUGAUUGCGUCCGUGGCUGGCGCGGUGGAGCAAGUUAAUAAGUUAAUUUCUGUGCGUCCAGUGAAAAGCAGAUAUAAUGGAGAAAUUGGUGAUGUGGUAAUUGGUCGAAUUACGGAAGUACAGCAGAAAAGAUGGAAAGUUGAAACGAAUUCGAGGCUUGAUUCGACUUUACUUCUUUCAAGUGUAAAUUUGCCUGGUGGCGAAUUGAGAAGAAAAUCGGUGGAAGAUGAACUAAUGAUGCGUGAAUACCUCAAAGAAGGAGAUCUAAUUAGUGCCGAGGUACAGAAAGUGCAAAUAGAUGGACAGCUGUUGUUGCACACUAGAAGUCUAAAAUAUGGAAAGUUGUCACAAGGAACUUUGGUCAAAAUUUCUCCUUAUUUGAUCAAACGAAGAAAAAGUCACUUUCAUAACUUGCCUUGUGGCGUUACUGUUAUUUUUGGCCGAAAUGGUUAUAUUUGGGUUGCACCGAUAGCAAAUGAAGAACGAAAUGUGACUGGUGGAUAUACUCAAAAUCUGGAGGAAGUUGUACCAAUAAAUAUUCGAUCAGUUAUUGCGCGUGUUGUGAAUUGUGUGAAUAUCCUUGCUAUGUAUCAUAUUCCUCUGUACGAUACAGCGGUUGUUCUUGCCUACGAUGCUUCUCUUUCCUACGAGAUAAAAGAAUUGCUGAAACGGGAUACAGCAGGAAGUAUAGCAACAGAAGUCGCUUUGCAGCUAGCGAAAAGUGAAGUGUAA